ACACUGCGUCGACUCAACCUACAGAGUUCAGCACAACCUCAGCUCGCGAGAAAUCGACCCAUCUAUCGGAAGCACAAGACAGAGAUGAGCUCGUCGGCGACCAAGAAGGGGGCGUCGCUGGUGGUGGCGACGAGCAUGGCGGCCGUGGAGGCGCUCAAGGACCAGGCGGGGCUCUGCCGCUGGGACUACGCGCUCCGCUCGCUCUACCACCGCGCCGUGCUCACCGGCCGCCGCGCCAUCCCGGCGUCCCUCUCCUCCUCCUCCUCCAAGGCCGUCGGCAGGGCUGCGCGGCCCAGGCGGUCCGAGGAGGAGAAGCUGCACAAGGCGUACCACGUCGUGUGCUGGGGACCCAACUGAUUUCUAGUACUAGAGGACCCAUUUUUGUUCUCCUAAACCCGGUUCAGAUUCUCCAUUUUUUUUCAUUUCCUCUUGAUUAUCCGUGAAUGAUGUGUAAAUCGAGAGUAUAUGCUUGCAAGGUCAGUCAUGCAGUCGUUCCUCUGAUCUGAGGCGAGCUGCCAAGUGAUUGAUGAGGCAAAUAUAGGAAAACGGCAUUGGUCUGUACAAGGAAAGGAACCACAUAUCUCUUUGCUCUUGGAUCUUA